CUAUAUAUUGGUUUGGUAUUAAGAGUAAUAAAAUGAGUGAGAUAUGGUAAAGGUGAAGAAGAAAGGAAAAAUUAUAAUUCUAGUCCCAUAUCCUGCACAAGGUCAUGUGAAUCCCAUGAUGAAGCUAGCUUUAGCGUUCCUCAGCCUGGGAUUCGACCCGGUGAUGAUCACGCCCGAGUUCAUUCACCGGAGGAUCGUAACCAACAUCGAUCCUAAUGCCAAAGUUAAGUUGGUAUCGGUACCAGAUGAGCUGGAAAAGGAUGAGGCACCCGACUUCUUCGCGAUUGAGAAAGCCUUGGAAGAUAGUAUCCCGUAUCAUUUAGAAAGCGUUGUUCGUAAAAUUGAUGAAGAUGGAGAAGUUUUAUGCAUGCUUGUGGAUCUCUUAGCAUCUUCAGCCAUUGAAGUUGGACGUCGUUGUGGUGUUCCGGUAGCUGGAUAUUGGCCUGCUAUGCUUCCCACCUACCAAAUCAUUCGCUCAAUCCCCGACUUGCUCUCCGCUCGCCUUAUUUCUCAAACUGGAAGCCCCCGGCAUGGAGGUCAGCUAAGUUGUGUACCUAAUUCACCUGCAUUAUCUACUAGAGAUCUUCCAUGGCUAAUUGGAAACCAAGCAGCAAGGAGAGCAAGAUUCAAAUUCUGGAGACGAACCAUGGAUCGAGCAAGAGAUCUGAAUUGGCUUCUCAUGAAUUCCUUUUCAUGCGGCCAAGAUGAUGAACACAGCAAGGUGUUCCAAGUUGGAGCAUUGAAUAGCAGCAAGCAAGGCGUAACGAAAUGCCCCAGCUUGUGGGAGGAAGAUAAGAGCUGCUUGCAAUGGCUAGACGAGCAGAAACCUAAUUCAGUACUUUACAUCUCGUUUGGGAGCUGGGUGAGUCCUAUUGAAGAAGCAAAAGUGGCCUCUCUAGCAUCGACGUUAGAGGAGAUUGGGCAACCCUUUAUCUGGGUGUUAGGGCAUGCAUGGCGACAAGGGUUGCCCAAAAGAUAUCCAGAGAGAGUAUCAAAGCAAGGGAAAGUCGUAUCAUGGGCUCCGCAAAUGGAGAUAUUGAAACACGAGGCCGUCGGGUGUUAUCUUACACACUGUGGAUGGAACUCAAUUAUGGAGGCCAUACAGUGUCGGAAACGGCUGUUGUGCUACCCUGUUGCUGGAGAUCAGUUUGUGAACUGUGCUUAUGUUGUUCAAAAAUGGAGAAUUGGCAUCAGGAUCUAUGGGUUUGGUUACAAAGAUGUGGAAGAGAGUUUGAGGAGAGUGAUGGAUGAUACUGGUAUGAAUUGCAGGUUGAUGAGGCUAUAUGAGAGCACAAUGGGAGAUGAUGCUAGAUUUAGAGCCAUGGCUAAUCUCACUACUUUUCUCCAUAACAUAACUAUUACCACUUGUUUGGUCUAAUAAAUAUGUAUAUACAACUGGCAUGGUCUUGUAGAUGUUACAAAAUAAUUACUAUUCACUUUCUCA